AUGCACCGGAGCAUUUGUUCUUUUAAGACGAUCUCCGGAUGGGCGACAAGUGUCCAGAAGAUCGGACAGAACGCCUUCGUGAAAGUGGCCAAUGGAACCGCCCAGAAGCCCAUUCAAGUAGUGGCAAGUAGGGAGCUCGCCAAGGAAGCACGAGUCGGAAGCGCAUUGACGGUCACUGGAAAGGUGGAGGAGAGCAAGGGAGCACAGCAGAAGAAGGACCUCGUCGCCGAGCAACUGCGCGUUUUCAACACAGAUUCCAAUGUGAGCUGCACAAUUAGCGCCUAUUACUCGAAGCAUCUUUCAGCCUCGAUACGACAUCUCCGCAGACAACCUGCGACAAAACACCUAUCUCCGAGCACGGAACGAUCAGUUCGCAGCGCUCCUCCGAGCAAGAUCGCAGAUUUUCAGGCGCACUCACGAGUUCUUCAUGGUAAAUAAAACUCUCCCGAUUGUGUAUUAAUAAAACGUUUCCUUCCAGGAUCGUGACUUCAUCCACAUUGACACUCCGAAACUGACGCGUAACGACUGCGAGGGCGGCGGGGAAGUGUUCGACGUUAUCAACUCGUCAGAAGCAUCAGAAGAGAAGACGCAUCUGACUGUCAGCUCGCAGCUUCAUUUAGAGGCCAUGGUCAGGUAGAAAGAAGAUAAGUGGAAGAUUUGAGUAACCCUGUGAUCUUUUCAGUCGCCUCAACAAAGUCUACACAUUGGGACCCGCAUUCAGGGCGGAGAAGCAGCAGAGCAGUUCGCAUCUCAGUGAGUUUCACAUGUUGGAAGCGGAAGUCGCUUUUGUUGAUGUGAGAAUGUCGACGUCUUCGGUCAAAGAUCACAUUUCCUUUAGGACAUCGAUAAAAUGUGCGACCUAGUGCUCACUUACCUGAACAAUAUGAUCUGCCACGUCGUCAGCGAAGAGGGAAAACUGCUCCCGGAGCUCCGAAUCAUUGGCUCAGAUCCGCUCCCGAAACCCGUUGAAAUGCAUCGAAUGACCUACGAGGAAGCGGUCUCUGCACUCGGAUCGAGGGGUCAAAAAGUGACGGCGAAAAGCGGAUUUUCAAAGAAAAACGAGUUGGAAUUGUGCAAAAUGAACGAGAAUCAACCGAUAUUCAUCACUCAUUACCCGGUUGAGCAGAAGCCGUUCUACAUGGCACGGACGGAAAACGGAAAGAACACACUUUCUUUUGACUUUCUAGGUACUUGAACUAAACAUAGCUUCUCAUGACCAAUACAUUAAUUUUCAGUGCCCGGAAUCGGAGAGCUGGCCGGUGGAUCCGUUCGUGAGCAGAGCGCAGAAGAGCUGAGGAGAAGGGGGUGUGGAAUCGAUUGGUAUCUGGAGACGAGAAGAAGGGGACAACCGCCCACUGCCGGCUUCGGAAUCGGAUUCGAACGAUUGCUGCAGUACCUGCUCGGAGUGCCCAAUAUCAAGGAUACGAUCGCUUUUCCGAGAUGGCAUCGACAUUGUCAAUGUUGAUAUUGUACUGUUCUAUGAGGUUCUAGUCUAGAUUAUUGAUUUUUUCUUGUUCUCGUUGUUUCGGUUAUAAAAACUAUUGAUUUCCUUCUUUUUGCCUUCUGUGAAAGUCAUUCUGUAGUGCACAGUUUUCAAUAUCUGAAACUCUUCAUCCUUUUUCUUCUUGAUGUCUAAUAUUUUCUUCAGAUUCCCCCUUCAAAAUGGUUAAAGUCAAGAAUCGUUACUACGUGAUCCGAAUGCUGCCGAACGACGGUUCCCAUCCAAACCCGCGAAAAGCGGCCAUUUUCCAGGAGCUCAUGAAGCAAACGACCGAAAUGUUCGGAGAUUUCGGACAUUCUAUCAUCAAAAUGAGUCUUUCCGUGAGAUUGUUUUCCCAUCGAAUUGCCGUUUUACCUUCCUCAUUUUCAGGUGCGCGUUCUCGAUGAAGACGUGAUUGUGAUUCGUGUUUCCGAGGCGGGCAGCAAGUAUUUCGGAGCCGUUCUUCCGUGCAUUCACAAGAUUGACAAACAGCCGAUGGUCUUGCAAACUAUUUUCAUUGGUUGGAACUAUUUAGCACUUGAUUCAGAAGUUCACUUCUGUUUUUUUUUUCAGGAAGAAGCAUGCGAUCAUGUGAGAAACGACUGAUUGGGACACGAAGAGAUGAACUGCACGCGGCACUCGGAAAGUGCACCACAAUAGGUAUUAGGCUUUCUGAAAAUUUAAAUAAUUUUGAACUUCAGCCACCCGAAAAUCUCUGCUUGAAACUAUUCAAACCAUGUGCGGAAAGCCGGCGCGGAUUUUCAGCGACGAACAACGGAAGGACCAAGGACGCGAAUAA